AUGUUCGCCUUAGCAGCAGGAGUGCUGCGCUGGCUGUCGCAGCAGCAGGAAGUGCGGGUGCUGCUGCUGGGCCUUGAGGGCAGCGGCAAGACAACCCUGGCGCUGCAGCUGCAGACUCACAGCAGCAGCAGCAGCAGCAGCAGCAGCAGCAGCAGCAGCAGCAACGCUUGCGACCUGCCGCCUGUGCGCCCGACGAAGGGCUUCACAGUUUACAAGGUGCAGCAGCAGCAGCAGCAGCAGCAGCUGCUGCUGUGGGACCUCGGCGGCAGCAAACCAUUUCGCUGCUUGUGGGGAGAAUAUAUAAAAGAUGCAAACAUUUGCUUCUUCGUGAUCGACAGCACAGAGACCAGCAGCUUGCCGGAGGCUGCUGCUGCUUUUGCAGAAGUCAUCCGCCUUGCUGCAGCAGCAGCAGCAGCAGCAGCUGCUGCUGCUGCUGCUGACAGCAAGCAGCAGCAGCGCGCGACGCAGCUGCCAGUGCUCGUUGUCUGCACCAAGCAAGGAGAGCCAGGUGCGGUGGAGCCUGAAGUGAUUCUGCAGCGGCUGCUGCUGCUGCAGUUCCAGCAGCAGCAGGAGCAGCAGCAGCAGGAGCAGCAGCAGGAGCAGCAGCAGCAGCAGCACGAGCAGCAGCAAGCCCAAGAAGCUGCACUGCAGCAGCAGCAAGACAUGGUUAGGCGGCACUUGGUGGGCUGCGUUGGCUUCAACCCCCGCAGCCACAGCGGGCUGAGCGAGCUGCUGCAGUGCGCAGCAGCAGCAGCAGCAGGGGAGCAGCAGCCGCAGCAGCAGCGCAUAGUUGCUGCUGCACUCGAAACGGCAACGGCAGCAGCAGCAGCUGCUGCUGCUGCAGAUGCCGCUGCAGCCGAGACGUUUGCAGCGGCCGCCCCACCAUGCGCAGGCGCUGCGGAGCAGCAGCAGCAGCAGCAGCAGCAGCAGGAGGCGCAGCAGCAACAAGAAGAUCAGCAGCAGCAGCAGAAUCAGCAGCGGCAGUUUGCAGAGGCGGAGGAGCUGGCAAGAGCAGCAGCGCAGUGUACAGACACUUCAGAGACUGCGAGCUCGCAGCAGCCUGAAGUCCCCAGCAGCAGCAGCAGCAGCAGCAGCAGCAGAAGCCGCAGCAGCCCGCAGCAGGGCGAAGGCCCCAGCAGCAGCAGCAGCAGCAGAAGCUGCAGCAGCAGCGGCCAGCCAGCCCCAGGCAGCGAGCCCUCGCCCACCAGUGACUUUAGCCUGGCAACAACAGCAGCACAUCCGCCGUCCCUAAGCAGCAGCAGCAGCAGCAGGAGCAGCUGCCCAGGCAGCAGCAGCAGCAGCAAAAGCAGCGACCCCGGCAGCAGCAGCAGCAAGCUGACCAGCAGCAGCAAGAGCAGCUGCCCCGCCAGCAGCAGCAGCACCAAAACCAGCGACCCGCGCAGCAGCAGCAGCAAACCAAACAGCAGCAGCAGCAGCAGCAAACCAAACAGCAGCAGCAGCAGCAGCAAACCAAACAGCAGCAGCAGCAGCAGCAGCAGCAGCAGCAGCUGGAAGGUGCUCUACGAGGCUGGAGACACAGACGACUUUGACCGGCUGCUGCAGCGGCAGUGUCUGGCGGUCUUACACAACAGCUGA